CUCCCACCACGUUCUUCGCUGUUUACUGUCGGCAAAGGAAACUAGACUUGUUCAACUCCAUGCCUUGAAAGAUAUUUUUCCUUCACUUUCCCGAGAAAAUUAGCAACAAAAAAUCUGUCUUUUUUUAAAAAAAUUUCUUGUGUUCGACACGAAAGAUGAUGAAGAGAAAGUCCAAUGUGUAUGGUAGAAUGAGUAGUGAAAGCGCAAACAAUACAACAUCGUCCGCCUCCUCCUACUCCACGUCCUUGGAAGAAGCAAUCGAGUGGGAAAUGAGACCCGGAGGGAUGCUGGUGCAAAAGAGAACCCAGAACGCCGACGUUUCAGCCCCUGAUAUUCGCUUACGUGUUGCUUACGGGGCGGUGCGUUACGAGAUCUCCGUGAACUCUCAAGCGACUUUUGGGGAGGUGAAGAAACUUCUAAGAGCGGAAACAGGGUUGCAAGCAGGCGAACAGAGAGUGAUAUUCAAAGGGAAAGAGAGAGAAAACGGUGAGUAUCUAGACAUAUGCGGGGUCAAAGACCGAUCGAAAGUCAUACUGAUGGAGGACCCAGCGAGCAUUGAGCGAAGGUUCAUCGAGAUGCGCAGAAACGCCAAGAUCCAGAGUGCACACCGCGCCAUCAACGACGUCUCCAUGGAAGUCGAUCAGCUGGCGGACCAAGUUUCUGCAAUCGAAAAAUCAAUCUCUGGUGGAGUUAAGGUACCGGAGGUUCAAGUCACAACACUUAUUGAGAUGCUCAUGAGACAAGCAAUCAAGCUAGAAAACAUUGCUGCAGAGGGAGAUGCUUUUGCCCAGAAAAUUUUGCAGGGCAAGAGAGUUCAGAAAUGUGUUGAAACCCUUGACACGUUGAAGAUAUCAAAUGCUAAAGUAAAGCCUGUUAUCGUCACAACCAAAUGGGAGACCUUUGAGCCUUCUCCGGCCAUGGCACAAUGGGAAAUUUUUGAUUGAUCCAAUGAUCCUUUCUUACUCUUCAUUUUCCAUUCUUUUUCUACCCCCAAUAUCCUAGCUCAAGAUAGAGACAUAAGCGAGCUAUCUGCUUGUACGUACAGCCCCUUCUUUGCCACAUAUGUCGUUUGCCAAUAAGCAUUGGUGAGGAUUUUUAGAUGUAAUGUAUGGUUGAAACUUGGAAACCCUGUGUAAUGUUACAACUUCAGUAAAUUUGCGGGAAAACCGUUCUGAUUAA